AUUACAAGUUUUAUUUUUAUCUAUGUAGUUUGUAUUUUUGGCAAUUUUUGGUAAAUGAUACCAAAAAGUUCAAAAAGUACAUUGCAAUUAUAUAAUAAAAUAAAUGCACCUUAAUUAAUUAUUUGGUAUCCACUUUUUAAAUUGUAUUUUAUAUUAUUUCCAUAUCAAUCAGUUGUAAAAAACAACUACCUAAUUAAAGCGUUCGGUUAACCUAAAUUUACUUGGCUGUUAAUUUAGGCAUUAUGUCUAGUUAUAAAUCUACCUAUUUAAUUAUCGGUGGUGGAAUAGCUGGCGUUACAUGUGUUGAAACAUUAGCCAUAUUACAUCCGGAAGAAAGUCUAGUACUAAUUACAGCUUCAUCAUUAGUGAAAAAUGUAAGUAAUGUAAGUUUUUUUGCAAAGACUAUUGUUAAAUUCGACGUCAACGAAACAGAAGCUAGUUCUUUACAGAAGAUACAUCCAAACUUACAAAUAAUCUAUGACUCACUUAAUUAUAUUGAUUCAAAGAAUAAAUUUGCUACAACUGAUGGUGGAGUGAGAGUGGAAUAUGAAAUGAUGUGCCUUUGCACUGGUGGAAUACCAAGACUCAUAUCAGAAGCUAAUAAAUCUAAGAGAAUAUUAGGUAUAAGAGACACUGAAUCUGUGCAAGAAUUUCAGAAAAGGUUAAAAGAUGGCCGUAAAAUGGUUAUUGUUGGCAAUGGAGGUAUUGCAUCAGAAAUAGUACAUGCCACAAGAGGAAUUCAAAAGGUAUGGGUAAUAAGAGAUGAUUACAUAUCUGCUACAUUUAUAGACCCUGGUGCUGCCCAAUUUUUCCAAGAUACAUUCAAUAGAAAAUUAGAAGACAAUGCUGCUAAAAAUACAAUUGUUCGUCGUCAUAUAUUUACUGAAGAAGAUACUUUAGUUUCAUUAAAUAAAGACUUAAAGUCUGCUGCAUUAGGCCCCGAUUGGUAUAGGAAGUUAGAAGACCUACGAAAUGAUCAUGGUGAACAAGAACUGGAAAUAAUAUACAAAGCUGAAGUUAAAUCAGUUUCUGACAUAGAAUCAGAAUUCCCUUUGAGAAUAGAACUAAGUAAUGGCAGAAUUAUUGAUUGUGAUUUUAUAGUGUCGGCUACAGGUGUAGAGCCUGCUUUGAAUUAUAAAUUUGAUGAGGAACCAAUCAAAGGUUUAGAUGGAGGAUUAUCUGUGAAUGAGUUUCAGGAAAUAUCUAUUAAAGAUAUUUUUGCUGCUGGAGAUGUAGCACAUGCAGCUUGGACUCAUGCUCCUCACUGGUUCCAACUACGACUCUGGACACAAGCAAGACAGAUGGCUGCAAUGGCAGCUAAAUCAAUGCAUGCUAGAAAAAUAAAUGAAGAAGUUUUACAAGACUUUUGUUUUGAGCUAUUCACACAUUGCACCUCUUUAUUUGGAUAUAGAGUGGUGCUAUUAGGAAAGUAUAAUGGACAAAACUUAGGUAAUGAUUAUGAAAUUUUAUUGAGAACAACACCCCGCCAUGAAUAUAUUAAAUUUGUCUUACAAAAUGGAAAAUUGCAGGGUGCUAUUUUAAUAGGUGAAACUGAUCUUGAAGAGAUGUGUGAAAACUUGAUACUAGAUCAAAUUGAUUUGACCCCCUUUGGUGAUGAAAUAUUGAAUCCUGACAUAGAUAUUGAUGACUAUUUCGAUUAGUUACUAGGUAUGCAAUAAGAGGUGUGGGGAACGAAGAAUCUACUGAACGAAGUAUAAUGAGCAAAUAAAGAUGUGAUUUUUAUGUU